AUGUGUAGAGGGAAGAAGGCCACUCUGGGAGGGGGGAAAGAGGACAAGGGAGUGGCCUUCUUCCCACUACACAUCGGAGACCAUAGGAAGACUGUGACCCCUUGUCCUCUUUCCCCCCCUCCCAGAGUGGCCUUCUUCCCACUACACAUCGGAGACCAUGUGUUUAUAGAGGAAGACUGUGUGGUGAACGCUGCUCAGAUCGGAUCUUACGUUCACAUCGGGAAGAACUGUGUCAUCGGCCGGCGGUGUGUGUUGAAGGAUUGUUGUAAGAUCCUAGACAACACAGUUCUUCCUCCUGAGACCGUGGUUCCUCCCUUCACCGUGUUCUCAGGAUGCCCAGGUCUGUUUUCAGGAGAGCUCCCAGAAUGUACCCAGGACCUGAUGAUUGAUGUGACCAAGAGUUACUACCAGAAAUUCCUCUCUCUCAGCCAGAUAUAACCCUUACCUUAACCUACCCUACCUUAACCUACCCUACCUUAACCUACCCUACCUUAACCUACCUUACCUUAACCUACCCUACCUUAACCUACCUUACCUUAACCUACCCUACCUUAACCUACCCUACCUUAACCUACCCUACCUUAACCUACCCUACCUUAACCUACCCUACCUUAACCUACCCUACAUUAACCUACCUUACCUUAACCUACCUUAACCUACCAUACCUUAACCUACCUUAACCUACCCUAUCCUUAACCUACCCCACCUUAACCUACCCUACCUUAACCUACCCUACCUUAACCUACCCCACCUUAACCUACCCCACCUUAACCUACCCUACCUUAACCUACCUUACCUUAACCUACCUUACCUUAACCUACCCUACCUUAACCUACCUUAACCUACCAUACCUUAACCUACCUUAACCUACCUUAAACUACCAUACCUUAACCUACCCUACCUUAACCUACCAUACCUUAACCUACCCUACCUUAACCUACCUUACCUUAACCUACCCUACCUUAACCUACCCUACCUUAACCUACCUUAACCUACCCUA